AUUAAAUCGCAGAAUCAACAACAAUUCCUCUUAGCUACCAGAGACCCGCAACAACAUCGUUCGUGCUGUAACAGUCUUCAUGGUUGUGAAUUUAAUUGCGUAACGGUUCUACACGACACGGUAUGGCUGGCUGGCGGUGAUUUGUAGUGCUAGAAAGUGAGUGAAAAGUCAUCGCGAAAAUGCGUACCAAUUGACAAAUGCACCGUGCAAAUGUUUCUAGUCACCCUUCACGGCCACGGUACGGGAAAGCCGACCUUUUUCAUUCAUCUUCUUUCAUUGGGGGAAAGCAAAUUUUAGCUGACGGGGAUCGAUGUGUUGGCAAGCGAUUUUCCCCUAGGCAACACUAACCAGGUGUGCAUUGCCUUAGUGUAUGUGUGUGUGUGUGCGUACAUGUGCUCUUGUUUACGCAUAUGCGUGCGUACGUAUAGCAGUACUUGGAAAAUAGCAGUUAUGCUGUAUUUAUGCAGCGAAGAGGAAAACGUGUAAAGCAACCCUUGGAAUUAAAAAGAGUUAGUUAGGAAGAGAGAGACCACAGUCGCAAAAGGAUGUAAGAAUAUACUUGACUGUGUGUCGUUGGUUCGUUCGCUCCCGUUGGAAUUCCUCGAUUAUUGUGAAUAGUUUGAAGGACAGCAUUACGGGUCGGUUCAAAAAAACCUUGCAAAAAGGGCGAUCGUACCCGUUCACCGUACGUACCUGUGUGCAGAGUUGCAUGUGUAUGUACAUAAUCUAAGCUUUACAGCGUGUGAAUGUGUGCUUGGUUUUGUGUGCUUGAAAUAAUAGAGCCAGAAGUCAGAGGAGCUCAUGAAAAGGUAAAUAGGAGAGGGCACGACUGCGAAAGAACAACCCUAAGGAAAACCGCCAUCGUCAUCGUACGCGAGGAAAGUAUCUGAAUUUGUUGGUCAAAAUGUCGUCGAUUGUGGACAUCAUCAAUCACUACCAGACCAGCAUCAACAAGUCGUUAAAUGACACGGCCAGGAUUGUCCACUGCAUCGGGAAGCUGUACAAGCUGCCCAUCUCCGUUCGACAUUUGCAAGAUACCGGCAUUGGACGUACGGUCAACAGUCUCCGAAAGUACGACGGUGAGGUGGGCAUUGCGGCCAAAGCACUCGUUACCAAGUGGAAAGCGAUGGUAGCUGCGGAAGAAUCGGAUGACAAUACUGCGAACGCAGGUACACAGGGGGAAGGUGCGGAUUCGGAAGGACGUCAGAAUGAGGAUGGUCAACAACGGAGCGACAUGAGUGAUCAGGAAGAAGACGGUCAUAAUCGUUCGUUGGCAGAUGAUGACGAUGAAGAUGACGAUGGAGACGAAGACGAAGACGAUGAUGACGACGAUCGGGGAUCACAUCACAAUACCGAUCAGGAUGAUUCCUAUGCUGAGCCACAGCUUCGCGUGGCGGAGGAUUUUACCGCUGAAGCAGAAGGUAACGACAGCAAUAGCGAUGGAGAGGAAUCGGAUGAGCGCAUGGCUCAACCAGAAGUUCACUAUCUGAUGCAUCAUCGUGUAAUGGAACCGGAACAUCCGCUAAGUUCGGAAGAUAGAGCAACAUCCAGUCAGUGGAGUGACCAUCACAGUAGUGCUGCCGGUAGUAAGCGACAUUCGAACGGUAGUUCACGAAGUCAACAUCACACGUCCACUUCCAAAGUACCUAGCAGCUCUGGCAGUGGACAGAAACAUAAGAAUGGCGAUAGAAGCGAUCGGAGCGAUAGAAGGAAGAAUGAAGGAGGUGGCCACCAUCGUCAUUCAUCAAGUGGAGGGGAGUCAAAAUCUCACAAGUCUUCCUCCUCCAGUACGGAUCAUCAUGGAUCGGCAAAGAAAUCGUCAUCGCACGGUGACGGUGAACGACACAAAGAUCGUAGUUCCUCAAAGCAUCACAGCAGCAGCAGCAACACAAAUGAUCAUGGUGCCGUUAGUAGCAGUAACAGCAGUAGUAGUCACGCACGAAAAGAUUCUAGUCAUAAAGAAGACCGACAUCGGUCAAAGGAGAAGCACAGCGCAGGCGGUAGUUCGAAAAGGCACGCGACGGAAGAAAACGAUGCGGAUAUGGACGCGGCUUCCUCAUCUAAACGAUCUCGCAAGGAGCAUCGAACCGAUCAUGUCAUUGCAAAUAGCACUAUGCCGGGGACAUCAUCAUCAUCUCCACAUGCAUCAGCUUCUACCUCAUCAUCACAUUCAAGGAAGGAUAAAUCGAAAGGACAUUCAUCUGGAUCAUCUUCGUCCUCUUCCAAGCGGCAUCACGAUAAAUCGGAAUCAUCGCGGGAAAGAUCGGAGGAAUCUAAGUCAAAAUCGAGACGAAAAGAUAAAUCUCUGUCGUCUCCAGCUUCAAACCAAGAGCACAACAAUGACGAUUCCGUCGGAGAGGAUGGUAACGAUGGACUCGACUGUUCCGGGGGGGCUAGCUUUGCGGAUGCGCUCGCCAUGAUCGGUAUGCCUUCGGGAUCGAAGAAAAAGCCGUCCGGUAGUAACAAGGAAAAGGUAAAAGUGACCGUAAUGAAAUCUUCCACUGCAUCCACAUCGGCGAAUCAUCGAGAUAGUGAAGCGUCCUACUCGAGAAGUAAACAGGAGCACGCAAGAGUAUCCUCUUCCUCCGCAUCUACAUCCGUUGCGCGUAACGGGGGUAUGCCGACUGCAUCGGAGCUUCUUUCACAGAACGUCAAACUGGAACCGCUUCCUGAAGCUUCGGAAAUCGUGGAAUCGCUACCAAUGAUAUCGCCCCACUAUCGCCCCAUGCCUCUCAAUCAGACCGUGAUGGAGUGUGUGUUUUUGGGUGGACAGAGCGGUCGCAAUAAAGGUCGACCAUUGACCGAAGAAGAGGCGCUCGGGCAGAGCAUGCAAUCCAAAAAUAUGCGUACGAAGGUUUACUCUGGACAAAAGACGAACGCGAAAGGCGUAAUUCCAACGUUGUACGAGCUGUGCAUCCGUUUACUGCAGGAUCACAUCGAUGAGAUAGGUGCGACAGGUGGUAUACCGUUUUACAUCCUGAAACCGGUGCUUGAAAGAGCGAAUCCGACCCAACUACUUCACUUAGAGCACUUUAAUCCGCACUUUGUCGAAGAUAGCGAUGUCCUAUGGGAACAACACUGUAAGCGCACGUUCCGAUCAAAGCAACGUAACGAGGAGGAACUGGAAACGUGGCGUGAAAUGUUUCUGCGCUGCUCCGAGGAACGUGACGCGAAGCUGAGAAGUCUUACGCAGAACAUAAAGCUUUCGCAGGAACAGGCGGCCGCUCCGAUUCGUAAAACGCAAUUAGCGUACGUUGAUUCCGCCGUCAAACCACCGCGAAAUGUGAUUAGCAAACAGGUCAAAUACGGCACGGCUCGAGCACCGGUUGUUUCUCCGGCGGCACGAGUAGCUGCCCUUAAGGCGGGCAACGUAACGCAAGCUGGUGAUGCACGGCUACGAGUAGCGGCCAGUGUUCGCGAUAAUGCCCAAGCCCAAGUUUUCCAACCGACGAAACCGCGAAAGGCUCCAAUGAUGGCCAAAGUGUUGUCUUCGAUGAAAGGCUUCAAAACCAGCUUCCGUCGUUAGGAGACAUACGUGACGAAAAUAAAACUGUAUAUGUCCUCAGACCUAUGUGGUAGCAACGUGGUACUCAACCAAUGAGGCACUGGUGUGGGGUUCCACAAAAAUGUAAAAUACAAAUCUGAGAUCAUCUGUUGUAUUGAUUAAACUCACUUUGUGGGUUGCGAAUUCGAUCAAUUUUUGUAUUUACUGCUACGUCAUUUUAAUAAUCCAAAAUUAGUUUAUUUAAUCUAAAUUUAAAAAGGAACCUUCUCCUUUACUAUACAGACUGUAACGGACAGUUGGACAUCACACUCAUAUGACUCUUCGGUGGUCAGCCAGUAAGGAGUAUACACAACUUGCAAACUAAGCGACAGAUUAAGCACAUUGAGCCAAAUAAGAAGGAAGGGCAAACGUUUCGUGUUCUGAUUUUAGUUUACUCGUCACACUUAAUAUUCUUAUUCGAAUAUUGUUUUUUUUUUAUUGAGACAUCACAGCACUUUAACGAUAGGUUGGUUCGAUUUCCGAACGAGCGAUGCGUCUUUUUUGUUGUAUUCAAUUGUUUGCUUAUUGUUAAAUGAAUGUAAAAUAUAAG